AUGCAGAGACUGAGUAAUGGGAGGUAUAAGAAUGUGCUGCAUAGGACGACGGUGGAUAAGGAGAAGACAAGGAUGUCGUGGCCGGUUUUCUUGGAGCCUCACCGUGAAAUGAUCGUCGGACCUUUACCGGAGCUUAUUAGCGAUGAUAAUCCUCCAAAGUUCAAGCCUUUUGCUUUCAAGGACUACAGUUACCGCAAGCUCAAUAAGCUUCCCCUGGAUUGA